AUGACAAAGUGGGAACAUACAAUACGACAAUAUGAAGGUCAAGAUUUUGAAUCAAUUCGUUUACAAUGUCGUCGUGAACGAAAACUUUUUGAAGAUCCAAUUUUUCCAGCACAAUUAGAAUCUUUAUCAAAUAAUUAUCAAAAAUUAAUUCCUAAUUGGCGUGAAAUUAUUUGGAAACGUCCAUAUGAAAUUGUCGAUAAUCCACAAUUAAUUGUUAAUGGAAUAAAACGUACAGAUCCAAAUCAAGGUGAUUUAGGUAAUUGUUGGUUUAUAGCAGCUAUGAGUGCUUUAACACAAAAUAGUACUGUACUUAAACGAGUUAUUCCACCUGAUCAAUCAUUUAAUAAAGAUUGGUAUGCUGGUAUAUUUCAUUUUCGUUUUUGGCGUUAUCAACAAUGGUAUGAUAUUGUUAUUGAUGAUCGUUUACCAUAUUUAAUAAAACAAAAACGUUUAUGGGGUGCAAGAAAUUUAUUUGAAAUAAAUGAAUUUUGGGUUUCAUUACUUGAAAAAGCAUAUGCAAAAUUAAAUGGAAAUUAUACAAAUUUAGGUGGUGGUUUACCAGUUAAUGCUUUAACAGAUUUUACUGGUGGUAUUGAACAACGUUUUGAAUUAAAAUCAAAUUUAUCUUUAACACAUUUACAUUCAGAUGAUUUAUUUGAUUUUAUUAAAUCAUGUAUUGAUUAUGGUUCACUUAUAGCUUGUUCAAUAAAUCCUAAUAAACAAAAAUUAGAAACUAUUUUAUCAAAUGGUCUUGUUAUUGGUCAUACAUAUUCAAUAACAAAUUAUUAUAUAUUACCAUUAACAUAUGAUAAUCAUUUAAGAAAAUUAAGUGAACGUGGUUUAAUUCGUUUUCGAAAUCCAUGGGGAAAUGAUAUUGAAUGGAAUGGAAAAUGGUCUGAUAGUGAUCCUAUUUGGAAUUUACUUGAUGAAAAAACACGAAAAAGAUUAAGUAUACAAAGAAAACAUGAUGGAGAAUUUUGGAUGUCAUUUAAUGAUUUUUAUAAAGAAUUUGAUGUUAUGGAAGUUUGUCAUAUUAGUCCAGAUACAUAUGAUGAAUUUGGAUUAACUAUUCAAGAUUCCAAACAUCAUUGGCGUAUGUGGUAUGUACUUGGAUCAUGGCGUGCUGGUGAAAAUAGUGGCGGUUCAUGUGCAAAUUCUGGUUGUCGUCAUGGUUGUUAUUAUUGGCGUAAUCCACAAUUUGUUAUUGAAUUAACAUUAAAUCGUUCAUUUAAUUCCAAUAGAUUAUGUAUGAUGAUAAUUGCAUUAAUGCAAAAACCAAUCAUAAAUAAUUCAAAUGAACAAUAUAUACAAAUUCGUCUUUUUAAAAUAAAAUCAAAUGUUAAAAUAUGUGAGAAAAAAAUAUAUAAACCCGAUGAAGUUGAACGAAUUGCAUCAACAGGUCCGUAUGUUAAUCGUCGUGAAGUUUCUUUAUUAUUAAAAACAACAACAGGUGCAUAUUUAAUUGUACCUAGUAUGGCAGAUGUUGAUCAAAAUUGUGAUUUUUUAUUACGAAUUUUUUCACAAGAUACAACUAUUGGUCGAACUUUUGUUAAUAUAUUUGCUAAUGAUAAUUUUGAAGAUUUAUCACGUCGAAAUCUAAAUCAACAAUAUACAAUAUCAGAACAAACACCUAUGAAUAUAUUUUUUGAAGCAACACAUUCAAAAGAAUAUUAUAAAUCUACAGACCUCGAUGAAAAACGUAUUGAUGUCAUUCCAAUUCGACCUCAUCGAUAUACAUAUGAAUAG